AUGGCUCCGAUCAUGUCACGCUUGGGUGGCCGCGCGUCCUCGGCCUUGGAUGACUCGCAGCGACCUCGUUUGGGACCUGAUCGCUCGCACUCAGCCUCAUGGCAUCGAGCUGAACCCUAUGUACGUCUAGCUCUGCACGCGCUUCCUCGACAUCGUCUGGCAUGAUCGUGUUCCCAUGCUAUGAUUGGCUCGCUCACGCUCUUCCCCUCGGCCCACCUCUCUGUUGACGUUGACCGUCGCCGCCAAUGCCUUGCUUGCUCUCGCUGCUGGCGGUCCCAUUGUGUCUCGCCGAAAACAACCGACCCCACCACGAUUACUACCGCAAAACCCCUUGCAUCUGCAUAGUCGCAAGCUCGACCUGACCCCAGCACGCUCUCGUCAUGGAAGCACGACGGCGUUCGCGCCGACCUGUUCGACGAGGGCUCGUCGCGAUACAACAUCCGCCUGAACCAAGGGCUGUUCCCUCACGCCGAUCCACCAGCGCCUGAGGUGCUUAGACGAGUCGAACACGUACCCGAAGACGUCGCACCCGCCGCCAUCGCCGGACCUGUGGCCGUCAACACUUCCUCCACCGCGGCGGAUUUGGCAGAUCGAUUCCUUUCCGGAUCCACCGGCGCCGCUCGACCCUCCUCCGCGCCUGCGGCCCCUCACCACGACCCCGCCUACGAACAGAGGGCACGUAAAGCUCAGCAGCACACGGAACACGAGGAGAGGAGGUUAAGGAAGCUCACUGAGGAUGAGGCCAAGAAGACCUUGCAACAGCAGCAGGAGAAUGCCCGCUUGCAGAAGAAGAUCGCCGACUUUGAAGGCAAGGGCUUUGUGAUUCAAGUCGAGGGGUUGGUCUAUGGUACGAGCGCGGAUGACGUGCAGGUAAGAUUUGACCUGCUCCUUAACACUUAUCUUCUGUUUCAUGGUCGCUGACGUGUUGCUGGCGGCGGACGCAACCUUGCCUAUCUUGUAGACCGCUUUUGGCGCGUAUGGCGAGACGACUUUUUGCUUCAUCGUCAACGAGGCCACGGCAAGAGAAGACGAUCCUCUCAUCGCACGACUGACGUUCAAACGAUUCGAAGAUGCCGCCGACGCUUGCGCUAAGCUACAGUUCGUCCAUUCUUGCCCCUCGUGACCUCAAUGGAAAGUACCGAGAGAACUGAUUUUCCGAAGCCCCUUCUCAGCGGCGCGAUUGCUGACGGUCGUGAAUUGACGGUCAAACAAGUCGAACGUACACCUCCCCCCGCCACCUCUACCGACAUCCUCGGAACCGCUCCGUCAUCUUCGAUCUCUGUCUCCACUUCAUACUCUGCACCGGUGUCGCACAACCAGCCACUGAGGUCCGUUGCCCAUGGCCGCCCAAUGGUGUCUGAACCCAUAAUGCAGUAUCAAAUUCAGUUUGUUCUGAUGCCUUUACUCUCUCCCACUCCUCACAGGUCUAAACCCGAUCCACCGACUCGAUUCGCCGACACGCGAUACGCGAAGCACGGCCGUUCCAUGCACGACGACAACGGCAUGGACGUCGACAUGUCGGAGCCUACACCGGCUCAUUCUUCGACUGUACCACCAGCACGCAACCAAUCAGGACCCUCUCGAGGACCCAGGGGAGGAGGCAGUGGUGGAGGACGGCAUGGACCGAUGUACGCUGCCCAGAACUCACGCUCGGAUCAACAUACUCAUGUGGGCCCCAAGGCUUACGGCCAGGCGCAGAUACAGACACAGACCCCCGUCUCGCUACUUGAUAGGCUUGGUGGAGGGAGAGGGAACAUUCGUGGGGGCCAUCCGGCUGGGAAGCAAGGGGAUUCAGGAAGGGGGGGAGGGAACGCCCCGCGGCAGCCACAGAAGAACUCGGGUGGCCUCCAAUCGCUUGUUGCUAGGAUGUCGUAG